CUCGUCUGGCCCAGCGGCGGAGGCGCGCACGCAGCCUCGCUGUGUAGCGCGCACGCUACGUGGUAACGGAAUCCAGUGCGAGGGGGGCUUUGGCCGGGCGGUUGUGGCCGACGUGAGAGAGAGAGAGCGAGAGAGAGAGCGAGUGAGGAGACGGAGCGGCACCGAGCCAGAGAUGAGCGGGAGAGCGGCGGGGGGGCCGGGCUGACAGGAGAAGGAGACCCCUCCCCGGCCCCACAGCAGGACCUCCCCCCCGAGCAGCAGCAGGCCGCGGCCUAGUCGGGGGAUGCCGCCGGGCCCGCGCUGAGGCAUGGAGGGCCACAUCUCGUGCCUGUUCCCCGAGCUCCUGGCCAUGAUCUUUAGCUACCUGGACGUGCGCGACAAGGGCCGGGCGGCGCAGGUGUGCGGGGCCUGGCGGGACGCGGCCUACCACAAGUCGGUGUGGCGGGGGACCGAGGCCAAGCUGCACCUCCGCCGCGCCAACCCGUCCCUCUUCCCCAGCCUGCAGGCCCGCGGCAUCCGCCGGGUGCAGAUCCUCAGCCUGCGCCGCUCCCUCAGCUACGUCAUCCAGGGCCUGCCGGACAUCGAGAGCCUGAACCUGAGCGGCUGCUACAACCUGACCGACAACGGCCUGGGCCACGCCUUCGUGCAGGAGGUGGCCUCCCUGCGGUGCCUCAACCUCAGCCUGUGCAAGCAGGUGACUGACAGCAGCCUGGGCCGCAUCGCCCAGUACCUCAAGCGGCUGGAGGUGCUGGAGCUAGGGGGCUGCUCCAACAUCACCAACACCGGCCUGCUGCUCAUCGCCUGGGGUCUCCACGGCCUCAAGAGCCUCAACCUGCGCAGCUGCCGACACGUAUCCGACGUCGGCAUCGGCCACCUGGCCGGCAUGACCCGCAGCGCCGCCGAGGGCUGCCUGAGCCUGGAGCAGCUCACCCUGCAGGACUGCCAGAAGCUGACCGACCUGGCCCUCAAGCACAUCUCCCGGGGCCUCCAGGGGCUGCGGGUGCUCAACCUCAGCUUCUGCGGGGGCAUCUCCGACGCCGGGCUCCUCCACCUGUCCCACAUGGCCGGCCUGCGGAACCUGAACCUGCGCAGCUGCGACAACAUCAGCGACACGGGCAUCAUGCACCUGGCCAUGGGCAGCCUGCGACUCUCCGGCCUGGACGUCUCCUUCUGCGAUAAGGUGGGCGACCAGAGCCUGGCCUACAUCGCCCAGGGCCUGUACGGACUCAAGUCGCUGUCGCUCUGCUCCUGCCACAUCAGCGACGACGGCAUCAACCGCAUGGUGCGCCAGAUGCACGGCCUGAGGACUCUGAACAUCGGCCAGUGCGUCCGCAUCACCGACAAGGGGCUGGAGCUGAUCGCCGAGCACCUCAGCCAGCUGACCGGCAUCGACCUGUACGGCUGCACCCGCAUCACCAAGAGGGGGCUGGAGAGGAUCACCCAGCUGCCCUGCCUCAAAGUGCUCAACCUGGGACUCUGGCAGAUGACGGAGAGCGAGAAGGUCAGGUGAGGGCCCGCCGCCCCGGUGACAGGACAGAGACUCUGAGGACUGACAUCUCGGUAUACUGCCUGCAGCGCCAUAGGAAAGCGGUGGCAGCACCAUGCCGGCAGUACGGGAAGGUACGGGGGUGCUGGUGCCGUUUCUCAACGAAUAUCGCAAGAGGUGAUAAUGAAAGUUGCUCCCUGACUUACGGUAUGGGUUAGCCACUGCCGGUACACCGCUCCCUAGCCGAGAGAUCGAUCAGAGCGGGGAGAGAGAUAAAGUAUCAACCAAUCAGCUCCUGUGAUCUCUGAAACAUGACAGAAGAAGCUGCUUGGUUGGUACUUUAUCUCUCGCCAAUCACCCCCUAGUUCUCAUAGUAAGGGGAUUUUAGAAAUCAGUAUUGGGGUCCCUACAGCGGAGUGCUGGCACUGAAGUGGUUAACCUAUGCCCCCCUACCCCCAAAAAAAGAAAUCAGGCCCUCCAGCAAGGGAAGGGUUAAUGGGAGCUGCACCGAUGACAUUUCUGAAAUCCUGUAUGUUUUGUUCAUUUCUUUUUUCCUGUUGUUUCUAUUUUGUAACUAGUUGAAGCUUUCCAGUAUGCAGAGUGUUGUACGCAUUCCCGGGGGGUGUACGGACCCCCCCCCCCCCUUCCAGUGUCACUUAUUACUCAUUCCUAAUGGCUGGCUACCUCGUUCUUACUUUUAUAUGCUCUGGAAAGUAGAAAUCCUGAUUUAUUUAUCCCCCCCCCCAUUAUUUCUUUUUUGUGUGCCUAGACUGGAAAAAUCUCCCCACCUUUACGGGUUCUUAUCAUGACGAUUCCUGUAUAUUUAGCACGCCGGCUCCCCCCCCUGUACUCCUGGCCCUCGUGGUAACGGCGGCAGUUACUGUCCGGGCAAACAGUGUUAUUAUUGUGCCCGUCCCUGCCUGGCAUUACCUAAUCUAACUCUUUGCCAGCCUUAGGCAAAGUACUGACGUUCCACCCAGCUGGCGAUUAGGUAAUGCUAAAUAAGUGUUUAAAACUAAACCUGAAAUGUUUGUUAUAUUCGCCCUUUAUUUUACACUCCGGACCGGUUUCCCGCGGCGCAAGCUUAUGAUCCCUGUAGUGCGACACUUAGCGCUCGGGCCGUAAUGUUGGGAGUCUCCUAUUACGUUCCCCACAUUUGAGUUUUAGAUUGGAAAUGCAGAAUUUGCAAACCUUUCUGAACGCGUGCUGCUGGGGGCUGCGCAAAGCCUAGAUCCUCGCUGUUGACGAUAGUCAAAAUUAUAUAUGCAAACAUCAGACUUUCCCCCUCCGAUCCUAAACCCCCAACACAUGAGUGCACCUUUUUUUGAGGCGUUUUGUAUAGUGGGAGCACAGUCCCCGGUCUGACCAGACCGUGGUUGACACCCCCCCCCCCCCCCCCUUCCCCAUCAUUCCCCGUUCUGUGGAUCACACAACUCAUUGCAGCCUGUUUAAGAUUUUUGAAAGAAGAAGAAAAAAAAUCACACCCGGACUUUUCUAUUAACGUUGAAAACAAAUCUCUGAACUUUGUCCCCCUUCCCAAAUCCCAGCAUCUCCCGGUUGGAUCUCACCUAGAAAUGUGCCGAAUUUCAUUGUACUGUCUGUGAAUUUGUAUAAAAGAAAGGAUCCUCUGAAAAACGCUUUAUAUUCUUACAGUAAAAAGGAUAAACGGAUAUUUAUAUAAUAAAAGAGGAAAUAUGAUGUAUGUUUUUGAGAAA